CUUUGGUCUCUCUCUUUUUCCCUCUCUUCCCCUAUACAAUAAAUCUAUUGUCGCUAUCACUGUCACUGAAGCUUCACUCACCAUGGCGCCUCACAACAUCAAAUGGGGGAUUAUGGCCACCGGCUGGAUCGCAGACACCUUCGUUCGCGAUCUCCUCCGCGACCCCGCCAUCCGCGGAGUAUCAGACGUCACCCACACCAUAACAGCAGUAGCAUCCUCGACAUCCUCAUCGCGCGCCGAAAAGUUCAUCUCCGACACGGGCAUCCCAGCCCCAUGCGCCGCCCACGGCACCUACAAGGAGCUAGUCUCCGACCCCAACGUCGAGGUCAUCUACGUCGCGACCCCGCACUCGCACCACUUCCAAAAUGUGAUGCUGGCCCUCGAAGCCGGGAAGCACGUCCUCUGCGAAAAGGCCUUCACCGUCAAUGCCGCGCAGACGAAGAUCCUGUGCGACGUCGCCCGCCAGAAGAACCUCUUCCUCAUGGAGGCUGUGUGGACCCGCUACUUCCCGCUCAGCGUGCAGGUGCGGAACUUGAUCCGCGACGGUGCCAUCGGCGAGGUGUUCCGUGUUAUGGCGGAUACGAGUUUCGGGGAUGAUGUUGAGGAGGCGUGGGGGACGGAGCAUCGGAUGGUGAAUAUGGAUUUGGCGGGCGGGGCGUUGUUGGAUUUGGGCAUCUACUCCCUCACCUGGGUCUUCCAAACCCUCUAUCACACCCUCCCGCGCGAAACCCGCAAAGCACCCUCCAAGAUCUCCGCCCACAUGACGCCCUACCACCUCACCGGCGCCGACGAAGCGACCACCAUCCUACUGACCUUCCCAACCAGCACGCCCUCCAACGGCACCCACCCCGGCGAAUCGCAAGCGAUCGCCAUGACGCACCUGCGGGUGUCGACCGACCCGGACGAGCGCAACACCGCGCGCCCGGCGAUCCGCAUCCAGGGCACAAAGGGCGAGAUCCAGGUGGAUGGGCCUGCAUUCCGGCCCGAGCGGUACCGGGUGAUUCCUAAGGGGAAGGAUGGAGAGGUGAGGGAGGUGGAGGUCCGGGUCCCUGGAGAUGGGAAGGGGAUGUUUUGGGAGGCGGAUGAGGCGGCGCGGUGUUUGAGGGAUGGGAGGCUUGAGAGUGAGGGGUUGCCUUGGGAGGAGAGUAUUGCGAUUAUGGAGGUUAUGGAUGAGGUUCGUCGGCAGGGGGGGAUGACCUAUCCUGAGAAGAUCGAGUCGACGGUUUAUCCGACGGUGUUGUAGAUGUAUAUAUUAUGCAUACCAAGAC